AUGCGGUUCAAACUUGCGGAUUCAUUGCGCUUUUUCACCGUUCAGCUCAUAUUGGCUACCUCGACUCUCGCUCUCAGUAAUCCUGGAUCAUCAUCGCAAAAACACAGCCCCAACCCAAGUGCACCGUCACCGAAAGGCAUUUCAGUACCCUUCUUUGCGAAUCUCGAACGUCUAUCACGACUUGUAGACAUCGCCUACUGCAUCGGCACAACGGGCGUGAGAAAACCAUUCAACUGCGUGUCACGAUGCAAUGACUUCCCCAGUCUAUCUCUCAUCAACGCAUGGAACACUGGCCCUUUGCUAAGCGACAGCUGCGGAUAUAUCGCCGUAGACCAUGGGGUGACGCAGCAUGGUGAUAGCGGUGACUUGACCGCUGGCGAGCCUGCUAUCGUAGUAGCCUUCCGUGGAACCUACAGCAUUGCCAAUACGAUUGUCGACUUGAGCACUGUUCCUCAGGAGUACGUGCCAUACCCAUCCCCAGAUCAUGGUGGCAGUGAGCCUCCCGACGAACCCGAACACACAUGUACGAAUUGUACUGUACACAUGGGCUUUCUCCAGUCAUGGAAGAAUACUCGACAGUUCGUUCUUCCACAACUGAGACAGCUAAGAUUACAAUACCCCUCUUAUCCGAUACAGCUCGUCGGGCACAGUUUAGGGGGCUCUGUUGCUUGUCUUGCUGCACUGGAACUGAAGGUGUCGCUGGGGUGGGAAGAUGUUAUUGUCACCACGUUUGGUGAGCCACGCGUCGGAAACGAAGGUCUAGCCCGCUUCGUGGAUGAAGUAUUUCAUCUAAAUGAUGAUAAUCACCCAGAAGGGCGCGAAUUCAGGCGGGUAACUCACAAAGAAGAUCCUGUGCCUCUUCUGCCUCUAAGUGAAUGGGGCUACAAAUCACACGCGGGCGAGGUAUACAUCGCCAAGCAAGAACUGACCCCUUCCGAGUCUGAUAUCUACAUGUGUAUCGGCGAUAACGACCCCAAGUGCAUAGCAGGAGCAGAUGAUUCGUUAUGGAUGACUAUCCGCCGGUUGUUUCACACUAGAAGCCUUUUGACGGCCUCGGACAAGUUGGCGGAGCCAAAUGGUUUCCCUUCGAGAUUCAAGCUGUGGCAGCUCUUGUUUGCGCACCGGGACUAUUUCUGGAGAUUGGGACUUUGUGUACCUGGAGGAGAUCCCGCAGACUGGGGUAGAGGGCGAUAUCAAGGUUUAGGCCCAGAUACUGAGGAACUGUAA